AAAGCUUUAAGGUUUCAAUUUGAGACAAAGAGAUUGAGCUCUGUUGAAUUAAUUAGUCUUUAGCAAUGGCUAUGGCCACCAAGUUUCUGAUUGCCUCACUUCUCCUCUCUCUUCUUGUUCUCCAUUUUGCCGAGGCUGAUCAUCAUCCGGUGAACUCGAAUCUUGGUGCGAGUUCUCCCCCUAAAAAAAUUGAUUGUGGAAGCGCUUGCAAGGCAAGGUGCCGGUUAUCAUCGAGGCCACGCCUGUGCAAGAGAGCAUGUGGGACUUGUUGUUCAAGAUGCAGCUGUGUUCCUCCAGGAACAGCCGGUAACUAUGAGGCUUGCCCCUGCUACGCCAGCUUGACUACCCAUGGCGGCAGACGCAAGUGUCCUUGAAGCACAUCUAAUUUCCGAGCAUCUCAUGAUUUUAAUCAUACUUAUGUUAGAUUUUGGUAAAUAAAAAGAGUGGAAAAAAAUACAGCAGGAAGUAUGAAAAGCUGAAAAUCUGGUUGAUUAAUUGCAAUAAUUAUAUAGUUCCAGUAAAUGUACUUUGUCUUCGGUAUGUAAUCUCUCUCUCUAUUUUUUAAUUUUAAGCAGUCCGAAAUUCUAUGGA